AUGCCCUCGAUGCCCUUCUUGCCGUUUCGAGUUAGAUUUCCAGCCAGAGUCUCUUUUGCCAUCGGACUUCGAUUUUUGCUUCAUAACAAAAAUUCUUUUCAAAGGACUUUGAUAUUCACCACGUAUUCAACACAUAUUCGACACAUCACCAUGUUGCCAUUUCGAUUUGUCAGACCUGCCAUGCGUUCCACUGUGGGAAUAUGGACCCGUUCCAUGGCAAGACCGGCCCACUCAAGGAUGCCCUUGUCAACGACUCUGAGGACGCUAUCCCAUUCCCGCAUUUUGAACCAGAGUGCCCAGCUGAAAGUUGACAAGCCCGAGCUCAUGAUUGCAUUCACGUGUAAGAAGUGCGAUACGCGGUCCAGUCACGUUAUGUCCAAACAAGCGUACACCUCCGGAACAGUGCUUAUCCAGUGUCCCGGUUGCAGCAAUAGACACCUCAUUGCGGAUCAUUUGAAGAUUUUUUCCGAUGACAGCAUCACCAUUGAGCAGAUACUCGCCGAGAAGGGCGAGAGUACCUCCACCAACGUCAACGACCUUGUCUUCGAGGAUAUUCCCGAAAAGCUGAAGGGUCUCCUUGGAAAACAUGCAAAGGAUGCCCCAGAGAGUCAUAAGGAGAAGUUUGUGGAAGGCGAGGAGGAGAUCAAGAAGAUAGGUUCUAAGGAGUAG